AGCCACCCCGCCUUGAUGCGCCCUCUAGGCUCUGGCGUCGACGGGCGCACAAUAACGAAAGAUACAGUAUACUUAACUUUAUACGCCCUUGACCUAGGUCUGUUUCUGAUCAUGCCUUUCUCAUAACAUUUAUCCGGCAAAGCUGGAAUGAAGUGCAUUCAUCCCAGAGACAAUAACGUCAAGGAUUCCCUUGAGGAUUAUCCACGUCCAUCACCAUAAACAACACUUCCCUCGUGGCUCCAAUGAGACGAGUUUCAAAACAGCUAUACGAUCUUACUGUCUAGUAGACAGCACAUUCCGUUGCUGCGUCAUGACCUCGUGCAACCUUUCCCAAUGUAUGAGGACGCCGUAUCUCUCGAUAGUGGCCCAUUUGUGUCUGCAAGAUACUCUGAAUGCUUCCCCGCCUAUCUAUGCAGCUACCGACGUUCAACUCGUGCGGAUUGCGAAAUAGCUGAUAUGUCACUGUUGCACAUUGGAAUCUUUAUUCACAUAUCUAAGAGUCGUACUUCGCGUCUGAAUGGUCAAAUAUCUACGUCUAUGGAGCCAGAGCUUUGCCAGCCCCGAACUAUACUGACGAGAAUGGGCACCCUACGCAAGCCAAGCUUCUGAUGUUCGCUGGGUUCAAAAAGAACAAGUCGAACAAGGGGAUGUUCGAGAGUAAUUACGAAACUCCAUCGCACAGCUUUUCAGUACACCUUUCUCAAAGGACACACCGAAGGACAAACUCUCUUUACGCCAUGACUGCCUCGAACGGCACGAACCAGGAACUGAACACAAUCACAACAAUUUCAAAGGCCCCGACUAGAGCUUCUAAACAAUCUGCAGAUACUCUGGAAUCAGACAAAUCGCCAACUGCUGAAAAUACCGAAAGACCGUCGAAACUGAUCCGAACGGAGAAUGAUGAAUUCCCAGGGAGUUCCCAGCAUGUUUCCUCGGAACUAUCGUCCCUUUCAGUAGUCCGAACUCCAAGACCAAAGCGACCUCUGGCUGAAUUUGAGCUAGACACUGGCUCCUUAAAUGAUGAUAAUACGCCAGAAUUAGAGCAGUGUCGUAGCCAAAAUGAUAAAUCCUUAAUCACUAGUGCCGGCGAACAUAAACGUGCACGUCAUGUAGAGACGAUAUCUGCAGAUAACUCGAAGGGCAGCUUUAAGGCUCUUCUGUUGCCGGUCGAGCUGCAUGACCUCAUCCUCGAGCAGCUGUGGGACGACCCAUAUAUUGAAUGUCAUCACCAUGACGCUCUAUUCGCUUGUGCCAAGGUCUGUUCGAGAUGGCGUGCUGCCGCUCGACCACACAUCUUUCGUUCUAUCUUGAUAGAGAACGAACGAAAUCUCCAUAGGCUUGGUGAACUAGUGCGCGCCGACCCUCGCAUCGCCACAUGGAUGCACAAGGUAUGCAUUAGCGGAGAUUCUUUGAAGGAAGAAUACUUCCCAAAGCGAUUGAGAGAAGUCGAGCAGGAUCGGGAUCGUUGGAUUUACCAAUUUCCCUCCGUGUUGGGUGUCACUCCACCGAACGUCAAAAUUCUGGAGCUCAUGCAUUUCACACAUCUCAGUCCGCUCCGCGAAGACCAAGAAGCUUUCUCUCAUUGGAUUCCCCAUCUAGCACAGCUACAAUCGGUCGAACACCUAUACAUGUUCCGUUGCCAGAUGAGCUCGAACGCCAUGACUGCCAUGGUCCGUGCUCUUCCAAGGCUCGCGACGGUUCUCUUUUGUGAAUCCGACUUUACUGCGCCCAACACAACAUGUCUUUGCGACAAAUCUUCUAGCGAAGGCACAUCAAACUCGCCGGCGGAGACCAGCCAUUCUUCUCGCGACGAUCCCGAGGUACCCGUGCAUUACCCUUUGAUCUACCCCUCACCAGCACUGCAGUUCUUUGCCAUGGGCAAUGACGAAACGUCAUAUCCACAUUUCGAGUUUGAGACUCUAUGCGACAUGCUAGACCCGAAGGUGCUAUCUCAAAGCCUCAUAUCAUUGCAUCUCGGUAAUGAGUAUGACGAUAAAUCUUUAAGUGAGUUUCUCGCGAGCCUUGGCCUUUCACCUGCAUUGGAGUAUUUGAAAAUAUGUAUCGUCGAUGACCUUGAAUCCACUAUUGAAGUUGGAAAGCAAGUCUCUAGCCUACGAAACCUCAAGACCCUGCGAUUGUGGACUCCCCUUCUCGAUCAUGACCAAUCCGACAUCGUUCGUCAAUUCCUCACCUUCCUCGACUCGCCUCGCUUACAAACCCUGACUAUCAUCGUGCCGACACAAGAUCCUAUAGGAGAUCCAAAGGUGCUCGAUGAGUAUCUUGCCAGUGAUAAGUUCAAGGAUCUUGACAAAUUCUCUAUCGAUUUCAUGGACGAUCUACGACUCUAUGGGACGAUGGAAGAUAUGGAGGUGGCGGCCCAAGCGAUGUUUCCCCUGAUGGCGAAGAGAGGAAUCUUGUGUGUCGAAGAUUGCGAGAUGUUGUAUCCAUACUGGGCAUACUUUUGAGAAGUUUUUUCCAUUCGACUUGACUGCUAAGCGGUCCCUUAUUCAGUCUCCAAUAGAGUCCGAAAUUCAAGUCAUUUUCAACUGUUCCUAAAAUCUAUAUGAGCAUCCUCGGUCUUUGUUCAGCGGAAUAUUGUAUAUGGCCGGGAGAUCCAGCGAGUUACUUUCAACAUAUAAAUAUACAUAAUCAUAGUCAAGCAUAAUGGGCACAUGCCGUAUAGAUAACAGCGGCAAUGAGCAGGCAAUCAUAUUGAGUGAGGAAUCAGGAAGGGCGGAAGAAUGAUGAUACAUAGAUGUUGAAGGCCUCUAGGUUCAAGAUGCGACGCGAGGUCGAAGACAAGGAAUAACGUCUGUCCAAAGGGUGACUACAGCCAACACUAUUCGGCGGGCUUCUUAUGAAGCUCAGUGUUCAGCCAUAUAUCUUCGUCCUCCGGCUCGGACUUCAUGGUUAGUAGAGGACCAUUGUUCAUUUUGUAUAUCGCAGCCAAAACGUCCGAGAUAUUGGGUGGCUUUUCGUCCUCCUCAGACUUGACCUGGAAACGAGAGGGGCCAGGUAUCCGUACAGCUGGGCGUACCGGUUUGCUCCUCCGUGCGGUUGCCGAACGAUUUACAUCCUUCUUCGAGAUGUUGCCGCCCAAUAAUUCGACAGAUGCGAG